AUGGCUAGAAGUCUGAAAGAGGAGGCAACCUGCCCCAUUUGCCUGGAAAUUUUCUCAGAUCCCAUUCAUCUACCCUGUGCACACAUUUUCUGCUUGGACUGCAUUCAAACUUGGAACAGGAGAAAGGAAGGUUUGAAACUGAUCUGCCCCUUAUGCCGAGCAGCGAGCGAGAAAGCCGUCACACGAGAUGAACAAGUUAGCAGGCUGACAGUUCUCCUCAGGCAGCAUGGCUCCGUCCUGAAGCAGCACCUGCAGGCGAGCACUGGACUCCCGAGAAUGUUCCAGGAGGACAUGACCCUGGAUGCUUCCACCUCCACCUCCUUCCUUGUAUCCCCCAAAGAACCAAUGGACACCGAUUGUGGGAAGAUCUGCCACAACUUGGUGGAAGAUCCCAAGAGCUUCCUCCACCUGGCCGGCGUUGUGAGCAGCCCCUGCUCAUCUGGUUCCCACUCCUGGGACAUAGAAGUGGGGAAAGGGAAGGAGUGGACUCGGGGUGUUUUCAAGGAAUCUGUCAUCAGAAAGAGCAUCACGGAUUUAUCCUCUGAACACAGGCUCUGGGUCGUUAACGUGAGGACAAGAGCAGUCCAUGGCAACUCCAUCCCAGAAGGAAUUCCUGUAAGCCCUGGCUUUUGCCAUGUAGGGAUUUUCCUGGAUGUGGAUAUGGAAGAAAUCAAGUUGUUUGAUUUGGAAAAUAAUGCCCUCAUCUACAACAUGAUUCUUUCUCCAUCUCCUUGUUUUGUCAUGAGCUGCCAGCAAAGGGAGACAGCAGACAUCUUUCAUCUAAGAAAGGUCAGAGAAUCACCAAGGAAAAGAUACUGUAUCAUGACUUGGAAGAUUUGUGAUAAAGCUUUCAGAUGUUAG